AUGUCAAUUGACAUUGCAAUUUGCAAAAUAUAUCACACAAUUAAAAAAUAUCGUCGUUAUUUUUAUAAUGAGGCUUAGAAAUGAUUGCAUAUUUAGCCAAGAUUAUAAAUCUUUUUGUUUCGUUAAUUCAAAACAUUAUACUUUUCGCAUCUUCAAUUGGACAAGUGAUAGUGGUUUUAAUAACAAUAGUUAUCUCAUUUUUAUGCAAUAUAGUGAGAAACAUAUUAAUAUUUUUUCAAAUCGUUUAUGAAGACAAUAUUAUUAUAUUCACUGAUGACCUGCCCAACUUGGCCAGUAACUUAAACGAGGCGAUAUAUUACCAAUGGUCUAAUUUACAGAAUAUAUUGUCAACAUUCAGCAAUGAAACAACAUUUAAAGUCAAUAUGAUAAUAAGCAAUAUUAAAAUGACUCUUUCCAGUACGAUAUUCAUCAUUGGCGAAGUGCUCCACAUUCUAAAGUGUAGUGUGGUUUUCUGUGGUGAUACCUUAUGGCUUGUGCUUACAUUUGUGCCUGUGCAAUUGCCUUAUUUGAUAAAAAUAUUUUUUAAAUAUUUAAAAGAUACAAUCGUGAACAAUGUUAUUGAUGGGUAUUUGGCUUUGUUGAAAAUUACAAACUUUUUGUCAGAUGUACCUCUGCAAUCAUUUAUGGGAAUAGUUACUGCCAUGAUAAUUGUACGAUUGUGCAUACAUUUUAGAGAAGUCAUACAUUCACAGAUUUUAAGUUUUUAUUGGACUCUAAUAAGAAAAGUUACAUAUAUAUAUUAUGUCCUUUAUAAUUAUUGUACAAACUCAGAAGUAAGAAUAAUAACUCAAAUGGUUGAUGGUGGACAGCCAGUUGUUUCAAGAAAUUCAGAUGUACAUUUAUUGAAUGAUAAUGACGAGGAUCCGGCAAAUUCUACAGAUGCUUUGUGUGUUAUCUGUCAGGAGAGACAGAAAUGUGUGUUGACUUUGCCAUGCCGUCAUGUUUGCCUUUGUACUGAAUGUUGCAUGCGCCUAUAUGGAUACCAACGUACAUGUCCUAUUUGCAGAACUUUUAUUUACCACUCUGUCACUGUGUACUUGUGAUAUAUGUCAUAUAAACGCAUUCCUCCAUAAUUUAAUUAUACUUCUAGUUUAUCUGGCAGUUGGUAUUGGCUAUAAGAAUAUGUUAUAUUUUUAAAUAAUUAAACUAUUAUGAAAUAA